AUGCAGACAAACCGCACAUCUUCAAAUUCCAGCUCGCUGAAGCGCAAGGCGGCACCGGAGGCACAAGUACGCGCAUCGAAGAGGCCGCGCCCGGAGAUCCCGACCACACAGACCCAGGCAGCGCAGGCCGCCGCCGGCUCCUCGAGCUUCACUCCAUCCACUCGUACCGAUUCUCUCCCAAAGCACGCAACCACACAGUACGCACACUCGCUGAACGACUUUGUUGGAUGCGGGGCUGACUGGAGUAGUAUUGGCAACGCAGAUGUUUGUGAUACCCUCCGCGGCCACCCUCAUCGGAGCAUGAUCUGGAUUACCGAAGUCAAUCUGAACCCAACGUACUACAAGCAGUACUUCCGACAGACUUUUGACCACCACAGGGACGCAACUGGCACGAAGUUCGCGACUGUAGUUUUGGAACUUCCGUGUGGGCUCGCCAGCGAAGCCUUUCCUUUGGCAAUCCCCCAAGAUGACAAUCUGCGCGGCGGAAAGUUGGAUCCGCUGGCUAUGGCGUGCCAGUCCCUUGGCCGGGUAUGCAGAGAUUAUUUGAAUGAUGCCCAGAAACGCGAAGUCAAGCCGUACCAAGACGGCUUGAAUAAGGCGCACAACGAGCGAAACGGCUUCGCCUUUCAAGCGUACUGGGCGCUCAUCACCCGCACGCUCCGCGGCUUCAAGGCUGCGUCGAAUUCGAAGCGAUCGUCCGAUCUGUGCGAGGAAGGUCGUCUUGUGUUCUACGGUGACGCUGCGAAGAUACAGCGUUACCUUGUUGUCGAGGCGCGCCGCGUGAUUCCGCAACCCGAAGGUAUCAACAAGCAGGUCCAGGCGCUUGUAGAGAAGAUCAACGUCGAGGGCGCGAGUCGCAUACGGUGCAUCGGGAAGGGCGCCAUGUACCUCGCGGCGGUCCUGGCCAUCAAGGCCAAUGGGCGGUGCGACAUCGCCGUCGCCAUCGACCCUGAGCAGUUGGAAGACGCGCGGCUAGCCUGGUCGCACGUGCAGAAGCGCGCUCGGGACUGGGAUCUUCUCCUCUAUGGAAGCGUGCGCAUAAGCUGCGUUGAGCGUGGCGAGGACGACAUGCGGGCGUUCUUAGGGUCUGCGGAUGCGAUCUUCUGGUGUGCGGAGAAUGACACAGGUCAGUACUCGGCUUUUGCAGACACGAAUAUUCCACUGACGCGUGUUUGUGUCCGUAGAUGCCCAACUCGCUCGGCGCCUGCGGCCCGCGUACAAAGGAAAGUGGAUCAUAGACCGCCCGGCCCCAAGAAUCUCGGGCAUAAGUGGGAAACAAUCGAAGAGACGACCGAGUAA